UUAUUUUCCUCUCUUCUCCUGUUUUUGUAGUUAAAAAAAAAAUCAAAACAAAAGGUGAAAUGGCGGGUGAGCAAAUGAAACCUGCUGCUUCUCUACUUCUGGUGUUGAACUUUUGCAUGUAUGUGAUUGUUUUAGGGAUUGGAGGAUGGGCCAUGAACCGAGCAAUAGACCACGGAUUCGAAAUUGGUCCUGAUCUCAAGUUGCCAGCACAUUUCUCCCCAAUAUAUUUUCCGAUGGGAAACGCAGCAACAGGGUUCUUUGUGACAUUCGCGUUGCUUGCGGGAGUAGUUGGUGCGGCUUCCACAAUCUCAGGCCUUAGCCACAUUCGUUCUUGGACUGUGGGAAGCUUACCCGCUGCAGCCGCAGCUGCAACUAUUGCCUGGACCCUCACAGUCCUCGCCAUGGGAUUCGCCUGGAAAGAAAUCGAGCUUCAAAAGAGAAACGCAAAACUGAGAACCAUGGAGGCGUUCUUGAUCAUACUCUCAGUCACACAGCUUCUUUACAUCGCUGCUGUGCAUGGCGUGAGGAGACCUUCUUAAGAAAUCAUGUGCUUUCGAGUUUCUUUCUACUUUUCAUGUCAAUCAUUCCGACACUCGGGUUGAGUGUGUGAGUGUUUGUGUUUGUGAUUUUAUUGUAAUAGGAAGUUUAAGUAAAGAUUAUAUUCAUGCAUUCUUUGUGUACAAAAGGAUCAGAUCUUGUUUUGUGUGUGUGUGUCACUUUGUGUUCGUGGAAUAAAAUCAAAUUUGAGGAUUGAAAUGGAUCAGGCUUCGACAUAUAUCUAAUGAACUACAUAGAGAAGAUGAAUGAUAAAUGUGGUACUGGUAAGUAAAAAUAGAGCUAUAUUUAGUCUCAUGAAUCUAACAUUUAACACUGUUAAAGGAUGUUGGUCUUUUCGUAUGUUGCUAAAAGCCGCCCACAUUAUUAUCUAUCAACGACGAUGUACAGAGAAAAGAGUACAGACCGUGAAUCCUGUUUUUUUUUUUUUUUGCA